GCCAUUGAAUCGACGCCAAAGACGCCAUUGUGAAAUAUUGUGAACAAUAUUCUAAAUAAACUUCACGUGCUCACCUCCAGUACUAAAUUAAUAACAAAUUUAAAAAAUAUGGCUGAUAACGAUGAUCUUCUGGACUACGAGGACGAAGAGACAGCGGAUCAGCAGACCGCCGAGGGAGUCGCCGAUGCGGUACCGAAGAAAGAGGUUAAGGGAUCUUACGUAUCUAUUCACAGUUCCGGUUUUCGAGAUUUCUUGUUGAAGCCAGAAAUAUUACGAGCCAUUGUUGACUGCGGCUUCGAACACCCUUCGGAAGUUCAACAUGAAUGCAUCCCACAAGCAGUUCUUGGCAUGGACAUUCUUUGCCAAGCCAAAUCCGGUAUGGGCAAAACCGCUGUGUUUGUAUUGGCCACCCUGCAACAGCUGGAGCCCUCGGAAAAUCAUGUCUACGUGCUCGUCAUGUGCCACACGAGAGAACUAGCGUUCCAAAUCAGUAAGGAGUACGAGCGAUUUUCGAAAUACAUGCCGGGCGUCAGAGUAUCAGUAUUCUUUGGCGGCAUGCCGAUACAAAAAGAUGAAGAAGUAUUAAAGACAGCAUGCCCUCACAUCGUCGUUGGCACUCCAGGAAGAAUCUUAGCACUAGUAAAUAGCAAGAAACUGAAUCUGAAGCAUCUGAAGCAUUUUAUUUUGGAUGAAUGUGACAAGAUGCUUGAAUCUCUGGACAUGAGACGAGAUGUACAGGAAAUAUUCCGGAACACACCCCAUGGAAAACAAGUUAUGAUGUUCUCUGCUACCCUCAGCAAGGAGAUUCGACCAGUAUGCAAAAAAUUCAUGCAGGACCCUAUGGAAGUAUAUGUUGACGAUGAAGCUAAGCUGACAUUGCAUGGACUCCAGCAGCACUAUGUCAAGCUGAAGGAAAAUGAAAAAAACAAAAAACUCUUCGAGUUACUGGAUGUCUUGGAAUUUAAUCAAGUAGUUAUUUUUGUCAAGUCUGUUCAACGCUGCAUAGCUCUUGCCCAACUACUGACUGACCAGAACUUCCCUGCUAUUGGAAUCCACCGCAACAUGACCCAAGAUGAGCGUUUGUCACGCUACCAGCAAUUUAAGGACUUUCAAAAAAGGAUCUUAGUGGCUACAAACUUAUUUGGAAGGGGCAUGGAUAUUGAGAGAGUGAACAUUGUCUUUAACUAUGACAUGCCUGAAGAUUCAGACACAUACCUCCACCGAGUAGCCCGUGCUGGGCGAUUUGGUACUAAAGGAUUAGCCAUAACUAUGGUAUCUGAUGAGGGCGAUGCCAAGAUCUUGAAUGAAGUUCAAGACCGCUUUGAUGUGAACAUCACGGAGCUACCUGAAGAGAUCGAGUUGUCGACUUACAUUGAAGGCCGAUAGAUUAAAUACUGUUUUCAUUCCCCUUUUCAUCAACUCGUAUUUUUGUAACUUUCAUUGUCAAGGUUUGUAACAAGCUCUGAAGCAAUGAGAAAUUUGUCUACUUUGUAGUUUGGAUUGUAUAAGUGCAGAGUUGUCUUAAAUAAUAAUUAAUGCUAGGUUAAAGAAAUAAAACUGACAUUCAUAUUGUGAUAACUUG